AUGGCGUCUUCAUCAAUCACUACGCGUUCGCAAUACCUCGCUCAGAUUUUUGAGCUGGUAGAGCUAAUCCUCAUUCAUCUUCCUCCCCAUGAUCUCAUCCGCUAUCAGCUGGUUUCUCCCCUAUGGAAAGCUGUAAUCGAUGCAUCUCCUUAUCUGCAAUCUCAUCUGUUUCUUCGAACGUUGGCAAGUGUACCAAACACCAGCUCACCCUCCGUACGCUUGAGAACGCCAAAGUCCCGAGUCUUAGCAACCCUUACCAAUGAGAGCGCCAUACCCAAUCCUUUAUUGACUCCGAGGUUCUUCAGCGUCAGCAUUUCCUGGUAUAAAAUCCCGAGUCUCACUAUCACCCCGGCUGAAUUCCAACGACUUCAAGCGAUGUCGGACUCUUCUCCAACAACCGCAACCUGGCGGCGAAUGUUGCCUAUUCAGGACGAGCGAGGCUUUCGGCUAUCAUUCACCCCUACCGAAAGCGCAUCAGUAUCCUUCUAUUGCUCCGGUGCAACUACGAUGGGAGAAGUCGUCGACGAGAUGUUGCAUGUGCGAAAUAUAACACAAACACGAGAACGUCGCUGGAAGGAGAACCUUCGAACAGUCCUUGAGAACAGAGCUCCUGCUCGUCCGACCACUGCAGAGGAAUCAUUUCUUGACCCCAUCCCGGGGGCCCGAGAGAGGAUCAUGCGCAUUAAUGCGGCUAUGACACGACGCAUGGCAUGA